AUGGCCGAGCGAAAGAAGCUGUCAACAUUUUGGGAGACGUGUGUGCAUGGAGUCGAAGCCACCCAUGAUGAAGAACAUCCUGAUCGAUUGGCGUCUCAGCACGAACUCGCACGGGCAUAUCAAUCCAACGGGCAGAUCAAGAAGGCUAUGGAGCUACUGGAACAUGUGGUCGCGGUACAAGAGAGAACGCUUGAUGAAGACCAUCCUGAUCGACUGGUGUCUCAGCGCGCUCUCCGAAUCGUAAAGCAGUCGAUCAGAGUGCAGGAAAUUUUUUUCAAGCUUUAG